AUGCCCCCACUUUCUCCUCAUGGUCUUCCAGCCUCUGUCAGUGUAGCCGGCCUUACUCAUUGUGGGGAUGGAGGACACAGCUGCUCUCGGGAGUGGGUGGAUAGUUCUUGGUUCUUGCUGCGUCCAGGGAAGGUGGAGGUCAAGAGCCUGGACAUGAAGCCGGGGACCACCCUCAAACUCAAGGGCAGGAUCGCAGACGACUGUGAGGGUUUUGCGAUUAACCUGGGCCAGUCGACAGAUAAGCUGGACCUGCAUUUCAACCCACGUUUUAACGAGAGUACCAUCGUUUUCAACACCAAGGAGGGCGGCUACUGGGGGCAGGAGCAAAGGGACAGUCACUUGUGCUUCAACCGAGGGGACGAGGUUAAGAUCUCUGUGACCUUCGAGAGUGAUGAGUUCAAGGUCAAGCUGCCAGAUGGCCACGAGCUGAGCUUCCCCAACAGGCUGGGUGCUUCCCACCUGAGCUACCUGAGUGUGGAGGGCGGGCUUAGCAUCACCUCCAUUAAGUCAGAAGAGUAAGCUCAGAGCCCAGCGGGAUUGGGGGACAGCCUCCACCUCUCUUCCCUGUCUCCAAGUGAAGUUCAG